GUUACUUUAAGAAACGGCGCAAUGACUGGAUAAGGCUCGCCCGCUCUCUGCUGCUGAUUAUAUGUCACAGCGAAAAUGGCAGACACUCUGAACAAAGUGCGCGACGUUGAUAUUGAUCCGGAGGGAAAGUUUAAAUACAUUUUAGUGAGCAUAAAGGUUAAAGAAGGAACGGAUAAUAAAGUGAUAGUGAGGGGAACUAAGAGUGCCGAGUACCACAAUCACAUUUUUGAAAAAGUGAAUCCUGCUAUGGAGGCUUUGGGACUGGAGUGUAGUUGCCUUGGAGGGGGCAAGAUUGAGCACAACAGCAAAGAAAAGAAACUUAGAGUGUUUGGGGAGUCUACGGGAUAUGGCAAGGCCGACCAUGCUGUGACAGUGGAAAAGCUCAAAUCUGUCUUCAAAGACUAUGAAGUCACUAUGGAAUAAAAGUCUAAAUUAGGCACUACAGAUUCAUCCUUUUGAGAAUGUUUGAAAGUUUACAAUUUGAUAACACUUUAUUUAGAUUUUAUGCUACAAAAUUUACCCUAUAAGAUCAUUUGAAUCACACACAAAUCCAUUGUCAGUAGGAUUAAAAUGGACCUUAGAUCUUUGACCUUGAUAGCGCUAGGUCUAAUCUGCACAGGAACUCUGCAUGUGCUAUGCACAGUGAUAAACAUAUCCUGUCUCCAACAUGGAAUGUAUCUGUUUAGAUAUCAGCAACAGAUUAAAGAGCAUCUGCAUGAUUCAUGGGAUGUCUUGUUAACUUAUUUCUGGACUUCAUUGGGAAAUUUUACUGGUAAAACUGGACCUUUUUUCCCCCUAACAAACCCUCUUAAGUUAGAAUAGAGGCUCCAUUAUUGUGCAAAUGCUUACAUUUAUGUAGUUGCUUAUGCAAUUUUCAGUAGAACACAUAUAAAUAAUACCUUGUAUUUUCUGUAUAAGGGAUUUUCCCCAUACUGCUUCUGAAGUUAAAGCCUUUACUAAUUUCUUGUAUCCUGAGACCCUGAAUAAAAGAAUAUGACCCCUUA